AUGAGGAACGGCAAGGAAUUGACCCGGCACGGAAAUGACGCAGACGCCGGUUUCAAGGCUGUGGAACGAAAAAUUUCUUUACCUUCAAACAACGACGACAAAGUUUCUCGCUCAUCCCCUCCUUACUCCUCUUCCAUCCAUACUCAUCAUUAUAAUCUUACCAUUACUCCCUCACAUAAUAUGACCCGUGCAUCUCCUGUUCCCGAAAAUGAAUCUAACCCCGACACAGAACGCACUCCUGCCGAUAAUAAUUCCCCUACGACUCCCAACCCGCAAUCACAAUCACAAUCGCAAUCGCAAUGGUCCAUUGGAGAACGACCGCUGCCAGCAGCUGCCCAUGUGUUGCUGAACGAAUUGCAGGCGCCAGGCCCAACGAACGAAAAAGGCAAAGGUGCACUAAAAAAGGGAACGAGCAGUAAAAAGCUGGACACUCUAACGACGGGAUCAUCUCCCUCAUCGAUCAAGCCUUCCACCUCUACCUUGACCAUUGGAAACGACGUCUUUACUACUCUCAAGCUGAAUACUUCGGAAAAGAAGAACCGGAUCGUCGACGUGGGUAAGGUGGUAGAUGCGAAUUUUCGUGUCCUAGGUGGUCUUCACCUCGAACUCGAGAAAAGACUGACAGAUCAAGGAGCUCGAGUUGCUGAUGAUGUUGCGGAGCUAGCUACACGAGUUGAUAACCUGGAGGUAGCGGAUGUCGUGGGCAACGAAGACGUUCUCAAUGACAACCUCUCGCAGUCAAGUCUCCCUGUUUCGGCAGGUGCGGGUAUUUUGCGAGACUUGAAAUCUCGUAUUUCUGCACUGGAAGAGGCUCCGGAUAACGAAGAAAGUACGGAUGAGCACGUGGAGGUGCUGGAGAAAUUGGUAAAAAAGAUGCGCGGGGACAUUACAAAUCUGAAGGACAAAGUCGAGCUCGACCGCCAAUUUGCCAAGACCCUUGCCACCCCCAAAGAUGUCAACGAUGCACGUACAUUUGCAACGAAAGAGGUCGCGAUGCUUCGCACCAAAUUCUCGGACGAAAUCAAAGCAGUACGGGGGCUCAUCCCAAAGGAAUCCAUAUCAAGACGAAUAGCACCAGUCGAGUCCAGGAUCGACAUACUCAGUUCAAAGGUUGAGGAUCUCGAGGGAAAGUUGAACCGCGCAUUGGCCGAAAAUGAACUCCUACGAGCUCAACUUCAUUCAAAGGAGUUGCAUCGAGGCCGAACUCCCUCAGUAACCCCCAACACAUUUCCGCAUUCCCGAUCCCCCUCCCCUCGUCGACGUCAAUCACAGGCCCUUGGUCGUUAUCGCUCCCGCUCCUCUUCACCCUUCCCUCAACAUCGAUACCCUUUGCCGCCGCCGCCACCGCCGCCGCUGCCACCUCCUACUUCCAUAUCCCGAAACAAGAGAGGACGCAGCAAAAGCCUGGAUAGCAGACCACACAAAAGGGGUCAACAACAUAAUCCAGCAUCGGAAAAGGUGUCAAUUUAUGUGGGCCCUUUCCCCUCGACGUUCUGUGCACACACAAUGGGUCAUGUGCGACGUUGGUUCUCGGAGGUGGUGCAGCCCACAUACUGCCCAUAUGUGCUGGAGGCAACGAACGGAUAUUACCAAAUUUCUUUUGGCUUGCGUGCUGAUGCCGAUGGCUUCAUUGCCUCUUGGAAUGCGAACUUCUCGAAAUCUGAGCUGAGGACUUAUCACGGUAUCCACAUCAGGCAGGGGGAUUUUUGA